CAAGGAACUCCAUGUGGCCGCAAAUGUGCCUCUAGGUCCCUGCACAUUUACCGAAAUUGCCAGAUUUGAAGAGCACCUGGAUACUCAAAUUGCAGUCUUCUCAUCGGAAAAUUUGAAUCAGGUGGUGUACAAAGGAAGAGAGAGGGCACAACGGAUCAAUUUGUGGCUUCACGAUGGACAUUAUGAUGUCAUUAAGUCCCUGAAAGGGUUUUUUGGUAGCAACCAUUAUUGCACAGCAUGUGAAAAGCCCUACCAAAUGCCUGAAAGUCAUAGAUGUGCCAAUGCGUGCCCUAUAUGCCUAAGGACUGAUUGCUUUCCAGGCCAGCCCCAACGAUGCCCAGACUGUGACCGUCUCUGCCGAUCCGAUGCCUGUUAUGCAGCACACAAAGCCCUCACUGGAAACCAAGAGUUUUCACUUUGCGAUAAGGUAAGUGUUUUGAAAAUAUAUCUUAAUGAUCAAAGUUAUUUAUCAUAUAAUUUUCUCAAAAUUGUUAUGUUAAAAAAAAAUUAUUGUCGUUACAGGUAUACCAGUGCAGGGACUGCUGCCAAGUGAUUGAACGCCGUAAGUGCCCUAAAGAUCUGCAUAAGUGCGGUACCACCAAAUGUCCGUCUUGCGGCCAGUUUGUCGUGGCUGCUGAGCACCGUUGUUAUUUGCGACGUGUUGCUCCGAAGAAGUCUGAUGACAAGUUCAUCUUUUUUGACUUUGAAACGGACCAGUCUUCGGGGGAGCAUCUCGUAAAUUUCGCGGUGGCUCAGUAUGCCGAAGGCACAGAGGAGUGUUUUCGGGUUACGAAGCAUGCCAAGAUUUCUGCGCCUGGCUGUUCACCCCACAACACAAGGGCUUCACCGCCGUGGCACACAACAUGAAAGGGUUUGACGGACAGUUCGUGAUGGCCUGGCUCCUGGAGCAAGGCACAGCGCCGGAGGUGAUCCCUAACGGGUCUAUGAUCAUGAGUGUAAGACACCCUAGUCUGAACAUUCGGGUCAUAGACUCGUUAAACGUUUUACCGAUGGCGUUGGCCAAACUACCGGGGUGCUUCGGUCUCAGCGAGCUGAAAAAGGGAUACUUUCCCCAUCUUUUCAACUCGAGGGAAAACCAAAAUUAUGACGGACCGCUGCCUGAGCCCCGGUACUACAGCCCGGAUACCAUGAGCACUUCAGCACGACAAGCAUUUCUGUCCUGGCAUGAGAAACACAAGGGGGAUGUGUUUAACUUUCAAGAUGAGAUGCUGGCCUAUUGCAGGUAUAUUUUUUUUCCUUCUUGUUUUAUUUUUAUUUUAUUUUAUUUCAUUUUAUAUUUCGUAUUUUUAACAUUUUUUCUUUUAAUAGAUCGGACGUGGACAUUCUUCGCCGUUGCUUGCCUGGAGUUUCGAGCCCAGUUUUUGGAUGUGGCGAAUGUGGAUCCAUUCCAAUACGUGACCAUUGCGUCAGCCUGUAUGGCAACGUAUCGGAGUGGCCACAUUCAACCCGACACGAUUGCCAUGGUGCCUACACACGGCUACAUCAACUCAACGAAUUACAGCCCUGAUUCGAUCCGAUGGUUGGACUUUGUUGCUGCUUCGGAAGGCCUACAGAUUCAACAUGCGUUGAACGGUUCCGGAGAGCACAGAGUCGCCGGAAUCUCGGUAGACGGAUUCUGCCAAGAAACACAAACCGUCUAUCAGUUUCAGGGCUGUUUCUUCCACGGGUGUAGUUCGUGUUACGAUGGUGAUAUCAUACAUCCACUGAAAGGGGUUUCCAUGGCAACGUUAAGAGAAAAGACAGAAGAGACGACAAGAAAGCUUCGCACCCAGGGUUUCCACGUCAUCGAAAUGUGGGAGCAUGAGUUUCAAAGAGAGAAGGAGGAAAAUCCAGAUCUCCAAGCUUUCCUGGAGCAACACCAUCUGAGGGAUCGACUCAAUCCUCGCGAGUCGUUUUUUGGAGGAAGGACCAAUGCCCUCAAAUUGUUCCACGAGGGAGACGCAAAAUAUGUGGAUUUUACCUCACUCUAUCCAUGGGUGAACAAGUAUUGCGUCUACCCUGUGGGACAUCCAACAAUCAUCACGGAAAGCUUUAGAGAUGUGGAAGAUUAUUUUGGAAUUAUCCAAUGCCGAGUGAUUCCUCCACGGAAUCUGUAUCUUCCGGUACUGCCCUAUCGGUGCCGGAAGAAGCUGAUGUUCCCCCUGUGUCGGACUUGCGCCCUUCUUCAACUGCAGACUCCGUGUACCCACAGACGACGAGCGAGCUCUUGUCGGAACGUGGGUAACGGAGGAAGUCAAACUGGCGAAAAAGAAAGGUUACCGCGUCACACAUAUUUACGAAGUGUACCAUUUCCAGGCAUCGUCUACUUCUCUGUUCAGAUCAUACAUUGAUCUGUUUCUGAAGAUCAAGCAGGAAAGUAGCGGAUGGCCUUCGGAGUGUGUGACAGAAGAAGCCAGACUGAAGUACAUUCGCCAGUAUGAAGAAAGAGAGGGCGUCAAGUUGGACGCUGGAAAGAUUUCCAAGAACCCUGGGCGUCGACAAGUCGCCAAGUUGGCCCUGAACAGUUUCUGGGGCAGAUGGGGUAUGAACGUGAACAAAGCCCAACUGACCUAUGUCCACACGGUGCCAGACUUCAAUAAGAUGUUGGCGGAUUC